UUGUUGUUUUCAGUUUCCUCGACUCAAGUUACAGGAUUUUGGAAAUUUCGUGUGUUUAUAUCUAAUUGUUCGAGCAUUUUUUACUUUUCAGUGUUAGUGUACAUCAUAUAAAUUUACUAAUUAAGUUUCUUAUGAACUGAUAUUUAUUAGUAAUGUAAAUCCUUCUUGUAUGGAAUUUCAAGAUUCACUCCUGUGGACUGUGGAUUUGCCUCCAUCAGGUUCAAAGACAAUGCCGGAAGCCUGAAGACAAUUUUUUGGCACCUAUCUGGAUAAGAGCUGGUUGGAAGUUGAUAACUUAAUAUAAGAACAUAGUUGGAGACCUUACGCCUUCCCUGGUUGGAGACCAUCCCAAUCAAGACUAUCAACAGAUGGCAGAAAAAGUGCAUGGACUUCAAUAUUAGGUAUGAAGGAAACAGUCUAAUCAUGGAAACGAACUUUAAACCCCAGGAUGGAAAUUUAUCAGACCAGGAGACAGAUGAGCAAUCCUCCACAACAGGCGACUCCUCGGGACUCUAUGCAUAUUAUCCCAGCAUAGAUUUUCCUUAUAGCACACGAAAAUUCAAAAGUCGUUUGGGUAAGAGAAGACACACGAUAAAUCCAUUUCGAAUCUCCACUGAUGUGGUGGAACCACAAAACGAAAAAAAUAGCUCGGGCAAUAAUUCAAGAGAAGACAGUAGCAGUCUUUCAAUCUCUCGUGACCUGAACCUAAUGGAAAAGCAACAAACGAAACCAGCAGAAUUUGAAGAUUCUCUGUACACCCCUGUUGUGAGGGUGGAACAGAAGUUCUCAAAUCUGUACCUCAGUGGAAACAAUCAGCCGUGGAGCCAAUCAAAAGAGCCAUUGAAACAAACAUCUACCAACAUUUUUAGAGGGAACACAACGACCCUGAACAGUCAACCACCUCAUCAGCCUUCUCAAGGAAAAAAUGUGUUCGGGUCUAUCAGUCUAAAUUGUCCAAAUUCUAAAUCAAAUCAAAUGUCUAAACCAGUCAAAAAUGAGCCAGAAACUCAGCGUGCAAGAUUAAACAUUGACUUGGAUGCACGGAAUUUUAUCAACAUAUUUGACAUGCCAUCUGUGAAAUUAGCUGAAACACCACCCAGGUUCAAGCCCUCUCUUAGUCUUCCUCAGUUGCGUAAUCCCAAAGCUGGAAAUCCAUUUUUCGAUUCAGCUCCUCCUGCGGCGAAGGAUCUGUCAAUUAAUACUUCGCCCCAAGAAACUGCGCCCAAGGACAUGGAUUCAGUAUUGGAUUUAUCGAUGGAUAAUCGUGCCAAAGGAGCUAAUCUAAAUCAGUUGAACACGACUGUUAACACCGCUUCUUUCAAGCCGAGCUGCAACUCUUCAGUCAUCGGUGAAAUAGAUCACGAGGGAAAUAAAGAAAACGAAAGGAUGGCAAGCAAGCUCCCAGUUUCGAGAGCACCUUUGGAUUCAAAACUGUUGGCGAAAGAAAUAUUCAAAAUGCCCUCAAUGGAAAUUACCCCCAUGAAAGCACCUGUUUCUAACUCUUUCAAAAAACCAGCACAGCCUUUAACUACAAACGCUAAUAGUUCUGGUAUUCCUAGUUUUGUCUCACAACCACAGAUCAUAAAUCCUAACUUUGUCUUACCGAAAUUGAAUCCACGACCGCAGAGCAAACCCUACUCGUUUUCAUCAGACGUUGCCAAGUUUCGUCAAAAAGAAGGUGGGCCGAAGGUGACCAUCCAAAAUGCACCACAGCCGUCCAAUCCUAGCAGUACUCCGUGCAUUAAAGUGAACAACAGAUCCUACAAUAUUCAUAGUACCAUUGGAAAAGGAGGCUCUAGUGAAGUCUACAAGGUGGAGGAUCCUGGCAGCAAAUCUUUCUUAGCUAUGAAAGUUGUAAAAUUAGCAUCAGUCGAUGAAGCAAUUGCUGAAGGAUAUAUGAACGAAGUUAAACUCCUUGAGAAAUUACAGGGCUGCUCGAGCGUCAUUCGCAUGUUUGAUUAUGAGUACAUCCAAGAAACCAAAAAACUGUACGUUGUAAUGGAGUUGGGCGAAACAGAUUUAUCGCGACUACUGAAGGACAUCAAGAAGACAAAAGAGAUUUCUCCAAUUCGGAUCCUUUAUUAUUGGACAGAAAUGCUCACCGCUGUACAAGAAAUUCAUGAAAAAGGAAUCAUCCACUCAGAUUUGAAACCAGCCAACUUUCUCUUCGUCUCUGGAAGACUGAAGCUGAUUGAUUUCGGUAUUGCCUCUUCAUUGCAAGGUGACAUGACGUCCGUGCACAAGGAUAUUUGUGCGGGAACAGAGAACUACAUGAGUCCAGAAGCAAUUAAAGAUGGUACUGGUGGCAAUGACAAAAAAUACAAGAUAUCAUAUAAAUCAGAUGUGUGGUCUUUAGGUUGUAUUCUUUACAAUUUAAUUUACGGGAAAACUCCUUUCUCGCACAUCACCAGUCACUGGGGAAAAAUGUAUGCGAUUAUCAGCUCAAGCCAUAAAAUUGAUUUCCCCAACCAUCCAAUUCCCCCAAUACUACGUCAAGCCAUGCAACGAUGUCUCAUUCGGGAUCCAAAGCAGAGGCCAACAGUGAAGGAUCUCCUAGAUGGCGCCUCUGGGUUUCUGUUUCAGUCGCCAUGCGUCUACUCCUGUAAAGAUCUUCCUCUCAAGAUACAGCAAUCACUGCCACAGGAAUGUUGGCUGAAAAUCGCUCAUCUUUUUCAAAACCAGUGAAGUCGAUGGAAACUUAAAGGAAAUAAAUCAGUAGAACCCUGAGAGAAUCCUGUUUGACCUGUGAUCAACGAUUGUAAAUAUUAGUUUCAAUUAUAUCUAACUGCCCUAUUUAUUUUACUUAUAAGGUUUUUUGAUAUCUUGUCAUCGAGUCCUAGGUACAUUUUUUUUAACCAGAAAAAUUCCUUCUUGGACUAUUGGCAAGGAUAAUCAAUUUUAUUUGAUCUCUGUGCUUUGUGAUCGGCUUUUUUGGUUUUUGAAAGAGGAAUCUGAAUGAGAAAGAUAUUGUAAAUAACAAGCCAGGCACACUGCUGUUCAAAAGAAAAAGUAAUGAACGUUUGGACUUUUCCAAAUUUCCCCUGAUGAAAUGCACAUUUUCUAGGGAACGUGAUCAUAUUUUUUGUCUUGAAAUUUUCAAAAAAAUUUAUUCGUCGUCCAAUCUAGGGAAUCUGAAAAUUACAAAAGGAAAAAUAUUCAAAAAUUUCCUCUAAACUACAUGAUUUUCCCAGAAAAAAGUGGCAAGAUGCGAUUAUUCUGCUUUUCCCCCUGUCACAGCAUUAUAGCCUUCAUUUUUAUUUUUUGAAUAUUAACAAUAGUUUUACAUGCGGAUUAUUAGAUUGAAAUAUUUCUGAAAGGGGUAAUUUUUUAGAAAAUAUCUGUUCAAACAACUAGAUUGUGUUUUGCAAAGAAGAACCAAAGGCUCCAUGAUGCUGAAAAGAUUGUUGAGCUUCUUGUACUUCGUUAAAAACAUUUGAAAAGUUGAACAGCUGCUAUUUGUACAUGAAGACUGAAUGUAAUCAGAUUUGAAAAUUGCAGUGUUUGUUUGUUGGUCUUUUUAUAUUCGUAUUCUCAUUCUUUUACUGCACCUGAAAAGGUUGCGCUAUCCUAGCAACAUUACUGGGCUCUUGAUUCCUUUUUGCCACUUAAAAGUUGAUUGUACUCAGCGGUGACUAUUCUGACUGUUCACAACUUGAAAUCCGUUUACUAAUAGACUUUUAAAGGGAAAAAAACCAAAGAAAACAAACCCAGAAAAAUUCAGUUCUGAUCUCAGAUUGACUGAAAUGAAUGUAAUGAUCAAUGACGAUCCUGAUAAUCAUCUAUAACUAAUAAAACGUGCUUAUUCUGCAGGCCUUCCCUAAAAUUGGCAGGAGGAUAUGGAGCAAGUUAACAGAGAUGCACCAAGUUUUUUUGGAAACAGGAGGUUUGUUCGUUAAAUUCGUUUAGCAGAAUAUCAAGGAAUUUCUUUUGAGAAAAACAUUGCAUUUCAAAAUGUUUGAUGUUAAUUUACUGCGGCAUGUUUAUUUAGUUAAGUCUGAGCAAUGAAAUGAAGUUUUCUGCAAGAGGAAUUUUUUUAUCCGUGUUUUCAGUGGCAUGGCUCUGUAGUUGAUUCUUCUGCAGAUUCAUCGAAGUCUGCAACUGAUAAUGAAUUAAGUGAGAGAGAAACCAAGUCCAUCGCUCUUAUGUAGAAUUCUGCUCACCAGCUAGCGAGCAUACUCCUUGUUUUCACAAAAGCUUGAUAUAUUUCUAUUAAUUCAGUCCAUGUUGAGGUUUAUCCUCGUUUAUCUCCACCUUUAAGAAAAUCAUUCUUGAAAAUGCUUACACGAAGGUCACUUUUAACAUAAAGGGGAAAAUGCUUUUUCUCCCGCCAUUACCUGGCUCAGUGCUUUUUUUCCACCUUUUUCUAUGACUCGCACCCCUGAUUUUAAUCAAUGUAUGAAAGUUUGUAAAAUAUAAGGGAUUUUUUGACGUGCUUACUUGCUUAUUUUUUAUAAGGCUCUCAAAAUUUUCUUUGAUCAGCCUCGUUUUAAUGUGAUGAUAAAAUUUUUUGAUUAAGGUCUAGCCAAGUAAAUGCUUUUAAAUAAGGCCUACCAAUACCCAAAGUGCAAUACCACUUAUCUCCAAUGCGAUGUUUUAAAAUUCCCGUUCCUAUUUUAUUUUUUUGAAGAGAAACAAGGAUACUUUAAAGCUUGAAAUUUAUAGAGAAUAUCUUCCUAACAGAGAAGAAAAACCAAGGAGGUUUUCAAGAAAUUAUGGUUGCAAAGAAAAAAUAAUGUAUGACUGGAGGUGUGCAACUUCGCAAAAGGAGAUACGAGGUUUUGCACCAGGCCAUUGAUUUUUAUUAUCAUUUUUUACAGUCAGACCUCAGUCUAAAAAUUGUACAAUCAUAACAAAGUUUAGUAAAUUGUAUAAUUCUUGUAACACUUCCUAUUUUGUACAUCUUGUUGGUUUUUAUAUUGUGUUUUUAAUGUUUGUCUUUCACUAAUUCUAACUUUUUUAAUUUUGGAUUCAAAAAUUUGUUUUCCUCAUCUUCAGGUUAAUGAUCAAACUAAAAAUAAUUCAAUAAAUAUGAUCAACGAUAAGCUUUAAAAUUACGGACAGAAUGUGAAAAGGAAAACAAAUCGCAUAAAAAAAGGAAGAAUUGAAAUUUAUUCUCGUCUUUUUCUGCUAGAUUAACAGAUCCGGAACUUCCCUCAAAUAGUGUACAUAACAUAUGUAAUAGCACCUUUGGGGAAAAGAAAGUUUGAAUGAGUCAGUGGUGUCUAAAAUUCAUUUUCCCUAAAUACUGAGCGUUUAAAUAAUUUUUUCGAAUUUUUGUAAAACAGAAAAAUCAAUUUUGAAGUCGCCUAAAUAUGGACCCAUUUGAAAUUAUGCUUUUGGCGGUCUGAUAUGACAUAGGCAGGUGAGGAAGUCCGCUUUUGCCGAUUGGCUAAAACUCAGUCAAAGAUGUGGCCUAGUUCCGCCAUCACGACUGUUGACCUCUCAUUUGUCAGAUUUUAAUCAACUUUUUCUCCUCUAGGAGUUCUUCUAAAACUUGUCAAUGGGCUUUUUUGGUUUUUUUUAUGAUACUUACAGAAAUGUAAUGCCACUGACCCAUUUUUGAAGCCAAGUGUUUGCUUCUCUGUGUCUUUCAGUUCACACUUACCACUUUUCCAUCGUACAAUACCCACAUGUGUCAAAUCCAGUAUUAAACACAACAUCUAUUAACAUCCAGUAUGGUAAAUUCCACGUUGGAAAGGUAUUUUUCAAUGAGCUACUUUUUCUUUGAUGAAUUUAUCAGUAUCGUGUAUCUGAGAAAGAAAUUUCAGUACAACUGACCAGUAAUUUAUAGAAUAUGUGAAUCCAUUUUCAUAGUCAGUUUAGUUUUAUCAGAGAUUGUAAAUUGAAACUGACUGAUCUUGAAGUGAAUCCUUUACCCUAAUUUUGUGCUCUUGGGUUGAUGCUUGUAAAAUUGAUUGCAUGAAAUUAUCCUAAUGGUGGGAACCUAAUUGGUACCCUCUCCUUAGAACUAUGUUUUUGGUCCUCCACUUUCCCCAAGACAUUUUUCCUCGAGCUUCCUUAAAAAAUAACAGUUUUUGAGUUUAAAAUUUUUGAAUUAUCGAAAGACAACUGUACUUAUUAAUGUAUAUCUCUAAUACCUGUGCACAUUUUGUUCAAAUUUGAAACUCUUCUUCCAAUAAAUGACUGAAAAUAAGAAAAAACAGAA